AGAAAGAAAAAAAAGCUAAAAAAAAAAAGAAGAGGAAAAGAAGAGAAAAGGGCGAGCUUGAAGGCUCUGAAAUCUCGUGGAUUUGGUUCUUUGGUGAGGGAGAGGAGAGAAGGCGUUCUUCGUUCCUCCCUCUCUUUCUCUCUUCCUCUCUCUCGUGCACCCUUGCCUUGAUUUCUAGGUAUUGAGUCUGUGGGAAAGCGUUGAGGAAGGGGAGGGGUAGGGUUGGGUUUUGGAGAGGUGGAGCCAUGCAUAUGAUGCGGCGGUUGAAGAGCAUUGCGUCCGGGAGGUCGUCGGUGUCGGAUCCUGGUGGGGAUCCUGGUACCAAGAGAGCAAAGGUUGAUCAGGAUGUAGAAGAGCGAAUUGCUGCUGAACCCAUUCAGACUCAAGAAAAAGUUUUAGGUCUAGAUCUGCAGACUUCUUCGGGUAAUUUGAAGUGUGAAGCAAGCACAUCUGGCGUGGAUCCUACUGCUAGAACUGAAGAGCCUGGCGUUGAUCAACUUCCAAAGGAAAUGCAUGAGAUGACUAUUAAGGAUGAUAAAGUUGAUGAUCUUAAUGAUAAGGAUUCAGAACCAACAAUGAUUAAUGGAAAUGGAACUGAGACCGGUCAAAUAAUUGCAACUACGAUAGGAGGGCGAAAUGGACAACCAAAGCAGACAAUGUCCUAUAUGGCAGAACGUGUGGUUGGCACUGGUUCAUUUGGUGUCGUUUUUCAGGCAAAAUGCCUAGAAACGGGGGAAGCCGUCGCUAUCAAGAAGGUCUUGCAGGAUAAGAGAUAUAAGAAUAGGGAACUACAAAUUAUGCACUUACUUGACCAUCCUAAUGUGGUUCAACUGAAGCACUUUUUCUUUUCAACUACUGACAAAGAUGAACUGUACCUGAAUCUUGUUCUUGAGUAUGUCUCUGAGACUGUUUAUCGUAUCACCAAAUAUUAUAGCCGCAUGAGCCAGCAUGUACCUCUCAUCUAUGUUCAACUGUACACAUACCAGAUAUGCCGUGCUCUUGCAUACAUUCAUGGUGUUGUGGGGGUCUGCCAUCGUGACAUCAAGCCCCAAAAUCUGUUGGUAAAUCCUCACACCCAUCAGCUGAAGCUUUGUGAUUUUGGCAGCGCCAAGAAAUUGGCUCCUGGUGAACCAAAUAUUUCUUACAUUUGCUCACGGUACUAUCGAGCUCCUGAACUCAUUUUUGGAGCAACUGAGUACUCCACAGCAAUAGAUAUGUGGUCUGCUGGAUGUGUUUUAGCUGAACUUCUACUAGGACAGCCACUUUUUCCAGGAGAGAGCGGUGUUGAUCAGCUGGUUGAAAUUAUUAAGGUUCUAGGAACCCCAACAAGGGAAGAAAUUAAGUGCAUGAAUCCCAAUUACACAGAAUUCAAAUUUCCUCAGAUUAAAGCUCAUCCUUGGCACAAGCUUUUCAACAAGAGGAUGCCUCCUGAAGCAGUUGAUCUAGUAUCAAGACUUUUGCAGUACUCACCAAAUUUGCGUUGCACAGCAUUGGAGGCUUGUGCUCAUCCUUUCUUCGAUGAGUUGAGGGACCCUGAGACACGCUUACCAAAUGGGCGUGAACUUCCGCCUCUGUUUAACUUCACACCUCAAGAGCUAUCCAAUGCGUCUCCCGAAUUGAUCCAUCGCCUCAUCCCGGAGCAUGCACGGAAAUGAGUAAAAGGUUAGCAGCAUGAAUUCAUGUUGCCGCAACAUGAAUUGGUAGUUAGCUACCAAUCUUCAGUGGAUGAUAAUGCACUAAUACAUGAUACGUGCUGAGAGUAUGGAGCCAUUAAGUAGUUGAAGACUGAUCAACUCUUUUUGGACAAUGAAAGAACAGGGAGUGAAGGCUGGAGAUUUUAGGUAUGGAGGCUUCACAGAGAUGACUUUCCAGGUGGCUUUUCAAUAGUAAGCCAUGGAGUUAUUCCAUGAUAUAUACGGAGCGGCUUGGAUGGACUGAUUAUCAUCAAACUGUUGUUGUAGUUUUGUAAUGGAAUCUUAAGUUAAUUUUCAAUAAAAGAAAUCACGCAUUUUCUCGUCCUCA